ACUCGACAUUGAAAUUAAGUAUUCCUAGUUGCUGGUGCUGCUCACAGGAAGAGGUGAAUGCAAGGGAGGAACCGAGGAAGUGACACUCCGAGGAGCCAAAGUGUGAAGAAGCAACGACCUUUCCCAUUCUCCAAAGGAUCACCACCCCCAAACCCACAUCCAACUUCAACUUUGAUUACUCUUAUAUAAUACACUCAUCUACCACUUUCUAUUGUUCCAAUCUAAUCAAAUAUUUAUUUUUUAUUAUUAAAUUCCUUCUCCUUUCUCCAAUCACUUUGCUGUUGCUCAGAUUAUUGUUCCUACUUUCUUUGUUGUUGAUCUCGUGAUGGCUCAUUUGGCUCUGUCACAGGUGGCUGUGGCUGUUCCUGUUAGCAGCGAUUUGUCUCUCAGAAGAUCUGCGUUUAAGGUAUCUAACUUAAACUUCCAGGAUAAAUCAUGGGCACCGGUGUUAACUUUCAACCUGAAAGCAAACAAUUCAAGGUCAAGAAGUCGGCGUGUGACAUGCAUGUCGGUGCAACAAACAAGUGCACCCAAAGUUACUGUCUCCCCUUUAGAAUUGGAAGAUGCUAAUGAACCUCCAUUGAAUAUAUACAAGCCUAAAGAGCCAUACACAGCAACUAUUGUUUCUGUCGAGAGGCUCGUUGGUCCAAAGGCUCCCGGUGAAACAUGUCAUAUUGUGAUUGAUCAUGGUGGCAAUGUUCCCUACUGGGAAGGACAGAGUUAUGGUGUCAUUCCACCUGGAGAAAAUCCAAAGAAACCUGGAAGUCCCCAUAAUGUUCGGCUAUAUUCAAUUGCUUCGACGAGGUAUGGAGACAAUUUUGAUGGCAAAACCGCCAGCUUGUGUGUGCGCCGUGCUGUUUAUUAUGAUCCUGACACUGGAAAGGAAGAUCCUUCUAAGCAAGGUGUUUGCAGCAAUUUUUUGUGCAACUCUAAGCCUGGAGACAAAAUUAAGAUCACAGGGCCCUCUGGGAAGAUCAUGCUUUUGCCUGAGGAUGAUCCAAAUGCGGCACACAUAAUGAUUGCCACCGGCACUGGUGUUGCUCCAUUUAGGGGCUAUCUACGUCGAAUGUUUAUGGAAUCAGUUCCUAAAUUUAAAUUUCGUGGACUAGCCUGGCUCUUCCUCGGUGUUGCCAAUAGCGAUAGUCUUCUGUAUGAUGAUGAAUUCAACAAAUACCUUAAGGACUAUCCAGACAACUUCCUCUAUGACAAGGCUCUCAGCAGAGAGCAGAAGAACAGGAGCGGAGGCAAGAUGUAUGUUCAGGAUAAGAUCGAGGAAUAUAGCGAUGAGAUCUUCAGACUUCUCGACAACGGGGCUCACAUUUAUUUCUGUGGUCUAAAGGGGAUGAUGCCUGGAAUCCAAGAUACACUGAAGAAGGUUGCAGACCAAAGAGGAGAAAAUUGGGAAGAAAAGCUUUCACAACUUAAGAAGAACAAACAGUGGCAUGUUGAAGUCUACUGAUAAUUCUGCAUUGCAGAAUAAACACAUGCUUGCAUUUAUUUACCUUAAGUCUGAGUUAGGUGUUUUAAUUAAGGGUUGUUUUUGUUUUAAUUAAUAAUCUUCAUUAGACAGCUUGAGUAAGCUGUACAUUGUUUUCUUGAUGAAUACAAAAUUGAAGAACCAAGUAAACGUGGUAGUAGAGACAUAUUUUGACCAUUUUGAAAUAAAGAUGCAUCAUAGUUAAUUAAUAUGAUGUUCAAGCA